GCCUGCGCACGGCGCCGCCACCGCUCCUUCCGUUGGGCUCUUCACCGCGCGGGACUAAACGCGCUUCCGGGACGCUACCUGCCGCGAGGAGUUGGCCGUUCCUCAGCGCCCCGAGCCCCGGAGACUCGCCCUCACUCCGCCAGAGGCCAUCCGCCUGGGCCCGCACAGGAGGAGCGGGGCCUCUGAGGGGAGCGGCGACCCCGCCGGCCCCGGUCUCUUUCCCUGGCGGCGGCGGCUUCUUCCGUAGGACAAUAUGUUCAAGAGAAUGGCCGAAUUUGGGCCUGACUCCGGCGGGAGAGUGAAGGGGGUUACUAUCGUUAAACCAAUAGUUUAUGGUAAUGUUGCUCGGUAUUUUGGAAAGAAAAGAGAAGAGGAUGGGCACACGCAUCAGUGGACAGUGUAUGUAAAACCGUAUAGAAAUGAGGAUAUGUCAGCUUAUGUGAAGAAAAUCCAAUUUAAAUUACAUGAAAGCUAUGGCAAUCCUUUAAGAGUUGUUACUAAACCUCCCUAUGAAAUUACUGAAACAGGAUGGGGUGAAUUUGAAAUAAUCAUCAAAAUAUUUUUCAUUGAUCCUAAUGAGAGACCUGUAACCCUCUAUCAUUUAUUAAAGCUGUUUCAGUCAGACACCAAUGCAAUGCUGGGAAAAAAGACAGUGGUUUCAGAGUUCUAUGAUGAAAUGAUAUUUCAAGACCCAACAGCAAUGAUGCAGCAAUUAUUAACAACAUCUCGCCAGCUAACAUUAGGAGCCUAUAAGCAUGAAACAGAAUUUGCAGAACUUGAAGUGAAAACCAGAGAAAAAUUAGAAGCUGCGAAAAAAAAAACAAGCUUUGAAAUUGCAGAGCUUAAGGAGAGAUUAAAGGCAAGUCGUGAAACUAUAAAUUGUUUAAAAAAUGAAAUCAGGAAACUUGAAGAAGAUGAUCAAACAAAAGACAUAUAAAUAGUUCUAAGAGAACUUGCUAGUAAGCUAAGCUGAAAAUAUGAUGGACUUUAAGGGAGAGAUGGACUGCAAAUGCCAUGGUGUUUCUUAGAGAAACGACACAUGUAGGUGUUGACCACAGAUUUCCCAGCAAUGGGGUCAAAGGAUUUGUACUUUUCAAGCAAUCUGUAAGGUGAAAUAGAUGUGGGUAAUAAGAAUGAAUGCUGGAUAGGCAUUUAUCAACCCAUUUUGGGGUAACUCUAAUGAUGUUAAGCACAAUUUAAAAAAAUUUUUUGCAUUGUAUAUAUAGUUUAUCCUUUUGACAGGCAUCACAAUUUCAUAAUAAAGUAUAAGCUGUACAAAUUUUGUACUUUCCUGGUAGAAAUAGAUGGUAAAUUAACAUGUGUAUUUAAUUUUUUAAGUUCUUACCUGUCCCCAUCCUAACUCUUUUGUAUCGGUUGUACCCACUGCCCAAUAAGUACUCAAUAAAUGUAGUUUACAGAUCUUG